CCACUUGUUGCUGCCGUUUCUUCUGAGAGCCAAGCUUUUUCAAGUUUGCAAAUUGAAUUCUCCUGCACUUUCCGGUAGAACUGGUUUCAAAACCCCAUCUGCACUCCAAGCUCUUUGAGUCACUUUGGAAUUUUUUCGCAUUUCUUGAGAUCAAACCGAGUUUAGCUUUCAAACUGGCAGCACGUAUCAUGUCCGCGGGUCGAGUCUUCAUUUACGGCGGCAAGGGAGCCUUGGGAUCAGCCUGCGUUGAUCACUUCAAAGCCAACAAUUAUUGGGUGGGCAGCAUUGAUUUGUCGGAGAACGAGAAGGCUGAUGUGAGCGUUGUGGUGCCACGCGAUGCCGCAUGGGUGGACCAGGAGACUGAGGUGGUCGCCAAGGUCGGGGAAUCCCUCAAUGGCCAGAAACUGGACGCUGUGAUCUGCGUGGCUGGAGGAUGGGCCGGCGGCAAUGCCAAGAAGGAUCUGGCCAAGAACGCCGACCUCAUGUGGAAGCAAAGUGUAUGGACCUCGGCCAUAUCCGCUGCCGUGGCUGCUCAAUACCUGAAGGAGGGCGGUCUGCUGGCACUCACUGGCGCCAAGCCCGCUCUGGAGGGCACCCCUGGCAUGAUUGGCUACGGCAUGGCCAAGGCAGCUGUCCACCAGCUCACCCGUUCCCUGGGCGGCGAUAAGUCUGGUCUGCCAGCCAACUCCCUGGCCGUCUCCAUCCUGCCCGUCACUCUGGAUACCCCAAUGAACCGCAAGUGGAUGCCAGAGGCGGACUUUGGCACCUGGACACCCCUGACUGAGGUGGCUGGACUCUUCCAGAAGUGGACCCAAAACCAGGAACGACCAAAAACCGGAUCACUGCUGCAGCUGAUCACCAAAAACGGAGUUACCGAGCUCAUAGCAGCCGAAUAGACUUAACAGAUAAAGACCCAAUAUGCUCAACAACACCACAAUUUAAUCGCUUUCGCUUGUACAUAAACUAUUCAUAAAUAAAUCGCUGGGCGGCUUUCGAUCGUUUA